UUCGACAUGGCUGGCGGUGGUACACCCAUUGGCCCCUCGGCAUCCCCUCUAGGACAGGCUUGGGGCUAUGGCAUCGUUCUUGGUGUCGGUUUUCUCUUUGCCCUUGGCAUGGUCUUUACUACGUGGGUCCUGAAACGCUACAACAAUGAACUUCAGACUUCUGAAAUGUUUUCAACCGCCGGUCGCACUGUCAAGUCUGGUCUCGUCGCCUCUGCAGUUGUGUCGUCUUGGACAUGGGCAGCUACGUUGUUGCAGAGCUCCUCGGUCGCAUUUCGCUAUGGUGUAUCUGGCCCUCUCUGGUAUGCUGCUGGUGCCACCGUUCAAAUUCUGCUGUUCGCCACUGUUGCCAUUGAACUUAAGAGACGAGCACCGAACGCUCACACUUUCCUCGAAGCCGUUCGAGCGCGAUACGGAAUGGCGACUCACUUUGUGUACAUUGUCUUUGGACUAUUCACAAACAUUCUUGUCACCGCCAUGCUUCUGACUGGUGGAUCCGCCGUUAUCAGUUCCCUUACUGGAGUACCCACAGCAGCAGCCUGUUUCCUUCUUCCUCUUGGAGUCGUCGUCUACACCAUGUUCGGUGGAAUCAAGGCCACAUUCCUCACGGACUAUGUGCACACCGUUAUCCUCCUCAUCAUUCUUCUCAUCUUCGCUUUCACGACCUACGCGACUGGCGAUAGGCUUGGAUCGCCGGGCGCUGUGUAUGACCGCCUGCAAGAGCUCUCUGCCAUAUCGCCAGUACCCGGAAAUGCCGGUGGAAGUUAUCUUACAAUGAGGAGCAAGGAGGGUGCCAUUUUCUUCGUGAUUAACAUUAUCGGGAACUUUGGCACCGUCUUUAUGGACAAUGGAUACUACAACAAGGCAAUUGCUGCAUCCCCGGUUCAUGCACUUCCCGGAUACAUCAUUGGUGGUCUUUCUUGGUUUGCUAUUCCGUGGCUCUGUGCGACCACUAUGGGCCUCGCAGCCCUUGCACUCCAGCAUACGCAAUAUUUCCCCACCUACCCUAAUGUCAUGGACGAAGCAUCUGUCAGUGCCGGGCUCACCCUUCCAUAUGCUGCAGUCGCUCUCCUCGGAUCUGGAGGUGCUGUAGCCACCCUGCUCGUCGUCUUCAUGGCUGUCACGUCUGCGUUUUCCGCACAACUCAUCGCCGUAUCCAGUAUCUUGACUUACGACAUCUACGGUACUUAUAUCAACACCAACGCUAGUGGCCGUCGUCUCGUAUACACUUCGCACGUAUGUGUAUGCGGAUUUGGGCUGGUCAUGGCUGGUUUCUCAACGGGGCUGUGGUAUGCAGGCAUAAGCAUGGGAUGGCUGUACGUCUUCAUGGGCGUCAUAAUUUCGUCUGCAGUGCUUCCAGCAACUCUCACUUUGAUGUGGAAAGGCCAGAACAAAUGGGCAGCUACUUUGUCCCCGGUUCUUGGGCUGUGCUGCAGUAUCACCGCUUGGCUCGUCACUACGGCCAAAUUGAACGAUGGAGUAAUUACUGUGGAGACUUCUGGUGCCAACAAUCCCAUGUUGGCGGGUAACGUCGUUGCCCUACUAUCUCCUCUCAUCUUUAUCCCCGUCCUCACGUUGAUCUUUGGAGUUGACAACUAUGACUGGGUAUCAAUGAAGAACAUCCGCCUUGUCGACGAUUCAGAUGUUACCGCAGCUGCACACAUGGACCUGGAAGCCGUACAUGGUCGUCACGGCGUUCUCUCGCCAGAAGCCGAAGCCGCCGAGCAGGCAAAGCUGUUCCGUGCCUCCAAGAUUGCGAAGAUCACUACUGCGACAAUGACUCUUAUUCUACUAGUACUUUGGCCCAUGCCGCUGUACGGUACAGGUUACAUCUUCAGCAAGUCGUUCUUCUCUGGCUGGGUCAUUGUUGGUAUAAUCUGGCUCCUGUGUUCGACCAUGGCUGUGGGUGUUUAUCCGCUAUGGGAGGGCCGAGAGAGCUUGGUGCGGAACUUUGGCGGCAUGUGGCGCGAUGUUACAGGCAAGGGUGGCCCUCGCGGAGGGCGUGUUAUUACCGUUGUCGAGGGCGAAAAGGCGGCAGACUCGGGAACGCAUACGCCAAAGGAAGCUGAUGCCAAAGCUCUGGAGCAGUAGAUAAGACACACUCGCCGUUCGUUGUUUGUAUACUUGGAACUUGCAUUGCCGUAUAUCCCGGAUCUUGAUUAGAGGAGUCAGCAGAACAUCUAUCUAUGUCUACUUCAAUACAUUUUCC